GUGGCUUUCCAGUCGAGCGACGCGUACGGGAAGCCUUUAUCCACAAUUUUGUAUGUCGAAUUUGCAAUAAUAAUGGACAGACAUCAUCCAUACUCUCAAGUUAAUGGGGUCAGCACUGGUACCACCAUUCUUGCAGUCAAGUUCAAUGGCGGAGUCAUCAUUGGGUCUGACUCCAGAGCUUCCAUGGGAGAGUCUUAUGUGUCAUCCAAAACCAUCAACAAGCUCAUUCAGGUGCACGAUCGAAUAUUCUGCUGCAUAGCUGGAUCACUGGCUGAUGCACAAGCUGUGACCAAAAUGGCCAAAUUCCAGCUGUCUUUUCACAGUAUUCAGAUGGAAUCUCCUCCUUUGGUUAAAGCUGCAGCAUCCAUUAUGCGGGAACUUUGCUAUAGCAAUAAGGAAGAGCUGCGGGCAGGCUUCAUCACAGCAGGCUGGGACAGAAAAAAAGGACCACAGAUAUACGUAGUGUCUUUGGGAGGAAUGCUUCUCAGUCAGCCUUUCACCAUCGGUGGAUCUGGCAGCACGUACAUCUAUGGUUAUGUGGAUGCCAAAUUCAAACCUGACAUGACUUUAGAAGAGGCUACACAGUUUUCCACAAAUGCUUUGGCUCUGGCUAUGGGUCGGGACAAUGUCAGUGGUGGUGUUGUUCAUCUGGUUGUGAUCACUGAAGCUGGAGUCAAGCAUAUAGUUGUUCCAGGGGAUGAACUGCCAAAGUUCCAUGAUGAAUAAUAGAGCAGAACAAAUUGGACACUUUUACAAAUAUCACUACUUUGUGAUUAGCUGUGUGCAGAUUUUUGCCUGGGUUUAUUUUCCCCACACUUUGUCAUUCAUAAUAAAUACAUUUAAGUCGUAUGUU